AAAACGAAACCAGCGAGACCCAAACAAAGCACCUCCUCCCGGUUGCCUCCAAUUCGUCUGAUAGUAGCACGUUUACCCCAAGCAUGGCUCACAAACGGGCCCACUCCCCGGGCUUCGUGGUGUCGGCUACGCCCUCGGCUCUCCCCGAGGACCAAGACAAGAUGAUCAUCCGCCCGUUGGGUGCGGGUCAAGAAGUGGGCCGCUCCUGCCACAUCCUGGAAUUCAAAGACAAACGUGUCCUCCUGGAUUGCGGCAUCCAUCCCGGUCUCCACGGCAUGGACGCCUUGCCCUUUGUGGACAUGAUCGAAGCUGAUCAAAUCGAUUUGUUGCUCAUCUCGCAUUUCCAUCUGGACCACGCGGGCUCGUUGCCCUGGUUCCUCCAGAAGACCACCUUCAAGGGCAAAUGCUAUAUGACCCACGCCACCAAGGCCAUUUAUCGAUGGCUGCUUUCGGACUUCAUCAAGGUCUCGAACAUCGCCACCGAGCAGAUGCUCUAUUCCGAGCAGGAUCUCGAGACCAGCAUGGAAAAGAUCGACACGCUCAAUUUUCACGAAGAGAAGGAAAUCAACGGCAUCAAAUUCUGGGCCUACAAUGCCGGUCACGUCUUGGGGGCGGCCAUGUUCAUGAUUGAGAUCGCCGGCAUUCGGGUCUUGUACACGGGGGAUUUCUCGCGCGAAGAGGAUCGCCAUCUGAUGGCGGCCGAGCUGCCCACCUUGAGGCCGGAUGUGCUCAUUGUCGAGUCCACAUAUGGCACCCAUAUCCAUGAGAAACGCGAGGAUCGAGAGAGCCGAUUCACGGGCACGAUCCAUGAAAUUGUGAACCGUGGGGGACGUUGUCUGAUUCCUGUCUUCGCGUUGGGCCGAGCCCAAGAGCUCUUGCUCAUUUUGGACGAGUAUUGGGCAGCUCAUCCGGAGUUACACGAGAUCCCCAUCUAUUAUGCUUCUUCCCUGGCCAAGAAGUGCAUGGCCGUGUAUCAGACCUUCGUGAAUGCCAUGAAUGAGAAAAUUCGCCGACAGAUCGCCGUGAAUAAUCCUUUCGUGUUCAAACACAUUUCCAAUCUCAAAGGCAUCGAUCAUUUCGACGAUAUCGGUCCGUGCGUGAUUUUAGCUUCGCCCGGCAUGAUGCAGAGCGGUUUAUCCCGCGAAUUAUUUGAGAGUUGGUGCACGGACUCGAAAAACGGUUGCAUUGUGGCGGGUUAUUGCGUGGAAGGCACGCUCGCCAAGCAUAUCCUCUCCGAGCCCGAGGAGAUCAUGGCCAUGAACGGGCAAAAGUUGCCCUUGAAGUGCUCCGUUAACUACAUCUCUUUCUCGGCUCACACGGAUUAUAAACAGACGAGCGAGUUCAUCCGGGCUUUGAAUCCCCCUCACGUGGUUCUAGUGCAUGGGGAGGCCAACGAGAUGGGCCGAUUGAAGUCGGCACUCAUCCGCGAGUACGAAGCGGAUCCCACCACCAAGAUCGAUUUCUACAAUCCGAGGAACACCGUGGCCGUGGAAUUGUUCUUUCGAGGCGAGAAAAUGGCCAAAGUGGUGGGCUCGCUAGCCAUGGAAAAACCCGUGAACGAGCACAAAGUGUCUGGUAUCCUCGUGAAGCGAAACUUCAACUAUCACAUUUUGGCGUCGAACGACCUCCAGAAGUACACGGACAUGACCAUUUCGACGGUGACACAGAGGCAGAGCGUGUUCUACGAGGGCUCAUUCCAGUUACUUCAGUUUCUCGUGUCGCAAUUGUCCGGAGACAUCGAGUUGGUCGAGACAGAUCUGGACAAGAAGAUCAUUCGGGCCUUUGGAGCCAUCGAUAUCGUCCACGAAAAGCGGAUGGUGACACUCGAAUGGAUCGCCAGCCCCGUCAACGACAUGUACGCGGAUGCUGUUUUAUCGGCCGUUCUGCAGGCCGAAACCAUCGAAAAACCGCGUUACAUCCCGACCAAUGCCAAAGUGGACAUGAUGCAUUUCAAGGAGUGUCUGGUGGAGAUGCUGCAAGACAUGUUUGGUGAGGAAUCUGUGCCCAAAACCUUCAGCGGAGAUCGCUUCGAGAUCACAGUCGAGUCCAAGAAGGCCCUGAUCGACAUCGGCUCGCUGGACGUAAAAUGCCCGGAUGACGAGAUGCUCCAGAAAAUAAUUCAAACCGCUUGUUCGAAACUACAACUCUCCCUCAUGUUCACCGAGUGAAACCAAAUAUAUGGAAUGAAGCAGUAUUA